AUGGCUGCGAAUCAAGCACCUAUUGACAGAGCUUUUGGUAUCACAAACAUAAAGUCUCAUAUUCCGAUCAUUCUCGAUUUGGAAGACCACAAUUAUGAUGCGUGGCGCGAAUUGAUUCAAACUCACUGUCUAGCUUUCGACGUCCUUGGUCACAUUGACGGAUCUACCAAUCCGACGGACGUCCAUGACGCACAGUGGCACAAGCGAGACAGCCUCGUUAAAUUAUGGUUAUAUGGAACCAUAGCUGACAAACUGUUUCGGAGUUCUUUCAAACCUGGAGGGACGUCCCGAGACAUCUGGCUACGCAUUGAAAAUCAAUUCCGUAAAAAUAAGGAGGCCCGUGCCAUUCAAGUUGAUAACGAUCUACGCACGCUGGAGAUUGGCGACAUGACAAUCCAAGCAUAUUGUCAGAAACUGAAGUCAUAUUCUGAUCUGCUCGCAAAUCUUGAUGCUCCCGUUCCUGAAAGUACAUUGGUGAUGUACAUGCUGAAUGGUCUCAAUGAUCGCUUUGACAAUAUCCUUAACGUGAUAAAGCAUCGAGAUCCAUUCCCAACAUUUGAUGCCGCACAGUCAAUGCUUGAAAUGGAGGAGAAGCGUGUCCUCAAAUUCAACAAAUCUUCGGUUACACAAAAGGACACUUCUUCUUCUUCCACGGUUCUUACGGUUUCAGAAGAUCAAGACCAGAAACCACGAGCUUAA